AUGGCGGCACCCUUUGUGACAGCGGUUAGGACAGCACUGAAAGGUGUGCACCUGGUUCCCGCCCGGUGGCUCCUCACGCAGAGCAGCCAAACCCCGGCAGUGUGUACGUGUUUGCGGCUGCACGCUGCUCGCUGUCGGCCGGUUCAUGUAUCUGCUGCGGCCUCCAGGACUGAGACACAGAGGAGCACCCAGCCACACAGCACAGAUGACAGGAGAGCCGAGAAGGCAGAGGAGGAAGAGGAACCCGAGGGUCCCGAAUACACGCCCAAAAGAAAGGCGAAGAACCCCAUGAUGAAGAUUGGCUAUGCCUGGAUGAUAGGCCUCCCCACUGGUAUCAUCACCUUCAUCCUGGCCAAGAGACAAGUGGACAAGAACCGACUGAAGCAGCUGAAGGUUCGACAGAGGAUGAAAAGGUCAAACGAGGGAGAAUAUGAAGGAAGCCGCUACCGCCGUGCUGCGGAGAAUGUUAAACUGGACUAAUAAUGUGCUUAUAUGGCUACUGUGAUUUGCACCAUAUCCUGAAUGUCACUACUGAGACGGUGACUUCUGCACUACAGCCCAAAGACUGAUCAUAGAGGAGAGGAACCACACAGAGGAGCAGCCAAAAGCUCUUUGAGACCCGCAGAACUGGGUCACAAUCUCUUCUCUCAGCUGAUGCAGGAAAUCUGAGGAGAAACAUGUUUGUGAUAUAGGGACAGAUGUUUGUUUUUUUUUACAGAUUUGAUUUGUCUUGCUCAUAAACAAAGAUGGAUCAUACAGUUAGGUUGACCGCCUCUUUAAUUUUGGAUGAUCAUGUAUGUAUUAGCCCUGAUGCUGAUGUUGUAUAAAUGUAAGAGAGGAAAUAAAUGUAAAUGUUUAAUUAUAAAUUUGUGAAUAUGGAAACAGGAAUCAUCACUGGUACAACUCCAUAUCAACUACAUCAAAACUCACAAAUACAAAUCUUAAUUUGAUAUGAAAAGUUAAACAGACAUUCUUCAUCAUUGAUAUGUAUAUUUACAAAUCCCCACACUCACUAUCUGUACUGCAUGUUCAAAACGUUUGCCUUAGUCGUUUUGAGUCGAGGGUUCUAUGUAACUUUGGACCUGUACUUAUGAUAAAUACGAACGUGUGGAGGACCAGCUGGGUGGGGUUGUGCAUCUUGGAAAAGCUCCACAUUAGCUGGAACUCCCUAAUUUUCCAAUAGUUUAACACCGUGGCACUGAUUGUGUUGUUGACAUGACUUAUCUGACCGUAACACAAGAAUA